AAAACUCAAGCGGAUAUUUACAUCUGCACGAAAACAAGGAAAAUCUACCAUAAACUUACCACCUUGCAAAUCAAAAUGAAAACUCCAAAAGCCACGGAUGUUAAAAAGGGCAUUGCUGCCUUGUGGGAGUCUCUGCAGUGUCCCAUAUGCUUGGAUUUAUUGACUGCACCAGUUUCUACUAAGUGUGACCACCAAUUUUGCAAAUUUUGUAUAAUGAAGCUUUUGGACAACUCUAAACAGAACAGGGCUGACUGUCCUGUGUGUAAAACCAAGAUAACCAAAAGGAGUUUGCAGGAGAGUUCUGGGUUUCAAAGACUUGUUGCAGGAUUGCAGGAUAUGAUACAGGCAUAUGAGCUUGACACCGGCACAAACUAUUUCACUGGAUUGUCCCAGCAAAACAGGGCCUUUAGUGACACAGAUGGGGAAACUAUUGAACAUCCUCGCGAAACAUCUGGUGACACAACUGGCAAAGACACAGACAGUGUGGAAAAUAUAAACCAUGAAAAUCCUCCAAGGCCCCUCUCUUCAACUAAAGCAGCCCAGAGUGGAUUUGCAAGACUGAUGGGACUAGAGGACUCUGAUCCUUUAACUACAGAAAACGGAGGCCUGGAUAGCGGCCUUGGUGACGCCCCACUCUCUGAUAAGAAAACGUCCGGCGCAACAGACGAACCAGAACCAGAAACGACAGACAUAACAGAACAGGCUGCAUCUGCACGCAGAAGUAGCAGCAAAAGAACGUCCUCCAAGUUGGAGAAGGCCUCCAACAGUGGAAAUUCAGUCCAAACUCAAGAUGAGGCUGAACCCAAACGUUUAAGGAAGUCUUUAAGGAAUAAGCAGAGAGAAGAUUCGGAGGCUGAAAAGAUCUUUGAGCAAAAAAAGAAGAAAAGUUUAGAUAAAGUUGCUGAGUGGCUUAUGAAAGUUCCUCCUGAAGGAGAUCUGGAGUUGGAGAAACCACGUGAAAAAGAUGAUGAGUCAGACAGCUGUUCAUCCACUUCAACGAUAGAUAUCAAGCUACGCAAUACUGAGGUGAAUUCCAAGAGAGAACAACGCACUAAACGCUUAGAAGAGCAGGUUUUUGGUGCCGUCUACAAACGGAGAUCAAACAGAGACGCCUCUCCUCCACUGAAGGCGUUUGUUGAACCAUCAACAUCUUCACAAACGCAGACACAUCAAGGUGUUUCCAAAGUGAGAAAAGAUCAAACUCCCGAGGACCGACGAAAAAAGGAAGUAAAGGACAUCAGCAGUGACAUUUUUGAAGAAGCAGAACAGAUGGAGGUUGGGCUGGAGUGUGAUACGGCUACAAAUGAUGAAGAGUCGCACCACCUUUCAGAAAGUGAGAAAAGUAAAGGUGACCAGGAGGUCCCCGCUUCUGUGUCUGACACUGAGCAACAGCAACCAGACACAAAGACAAAGAAAGGGACCCGGAGCAAGCUGCAGGAUGUUGAUACUGAUUUGCACGAGCAAGCUCGGGCAAAAUCAGAAGGUGGUGAUCUAAAGAAAGCUGACAGGAGGAAAGCGAAAAACACAAGGUCAGAAAAAAAACUUGCCAAAGUGUCAAACCCUCUUGUUUUGGUAGGAGUUAACAACAAGGAAACCAGUCCAAAAGCUGAAGAAAGAUCAGAACAGAUUCACGUACAAAUAGAGUGCUACCCUAGCAGCGGGGAGAAAGAAAUUCCCAUCGUCAGAAAAGCUAGGAGAAGUAGAAGACUUGAGUUCUUUGCUAAGGAAGUCCAGAAGGGCCCCAAGAGAGUCAGCUUGAACGCCAAUGUACCUAUAAAAGAUUGUGGCGUUGAAAAGCAGUCUAAAGCUGAUGAAGGUGAAAAGCUGGAUAGUAAAGCACCACUUAAAACGGCAAGUCGAUCAAAGGUAGCGAGAAGAAAUGGAUGCAUUUUUGAUCAAGAAAUCGGAGUAAUUGAAAGCAUGGAAAUUGGUGAGAAAACAUGUGAUGUGAGAGCAGCAGACGUGGAGGUGCCUCACGCUGAAGCUCCGUCUGAACCUAAUGCUUCUUUUGAGGUUUCCGUUGUCCCUGACUCAACAAGUCCACAGGACACCGGCGUGGUAAAUCCAACUUUUGAAAGUGGCAAGCUAACGAGCAAUUCCCCACACGGUAUUCAUGAGGGAAUGUCAGACAGCAAACCUAAAUGUCCAGGGGUGGGAAAAGAGGAAGAGAAAAAUGACAGUGAACUGGACACAGAGCAGCUUCUCAAGAGUUUUAAAGCCACGAAGCGGAAGUCUUUCCAUCUGGGAGAACCAAAUGGGAAGAAAAAACGGCAUUCAGGCAAAGACCAGGCGGACGGUACUGAAGCAGAAGAGAAUCAUUCUGAUGGUCCUGAUGCUGAAUUAACACCAACGCAGAUGAUUGGGAGCAUACCUGAGGCUACUAAAGAUACGCAAAACUCACCGUGCAGUGAUUUGAUUUCCCCUUCCAACUCACCGAUCCGGGCAAGAAAAUGUGUUUAUAAGAAACCAGAUCAAGAGGUGGUGGAGGCAGCUACCCUUGAGAUCACCUGUUCAGGUCUGGACAGUGUUGCUGGAAACAGUGGCCUCAGUCCAAAUAAAGUGUCAAAGCGUGACGGAGAAAGUUGUCCUUUUUCCGUUGUCCCUCAAAUAGUUGAUUCUGGUCUCUGCUUCACGGCUGUUGAGCGUGAGGAGCGAAAUGAAACCUCAAAGAGCUUUCAGAUAACAGAGCUUGAUGACGGCAUUUCAGAUGGUCAUUCAGCCCCAGCUGAAGGGAGUUGUGCGGCCAGCGCAGCUGAACAUAACCUAAUUGCAGAGUCCUCCUUAACCCCGGAUGACCUGGUAUCCUCAGCUGCCCAAACGGCCCAUGAAACAGUGACAAAUAGCAAUGGGAGCGGAGAGGUCAGCGGCCGUUCCUCCAUCAGGAGCCGCCUGUCGAAGAAGAGAAGAGCCCAGAGGCUGGAGUCUUCAUCCGAAUGUGAGAGUGACACAUCCAAGGAGGAACUGCUGACGUUGCAGGAAAUCCUCGGAACAUCCUCUCACUCCGCAGUUAAGAAUCAGGAUGAGGGAGACGCGGCUGAGCCUGAAAGAUGUGAGGGUGGUCCACCAGAGCCGCUGAGCCAUUUCCCCGCCUGUCCCAGCCCAGAUUGUGUUGACUCCAGCCAAGCUUCUGUGGACCUGUUUGGCACGCCAGAAGAAUGUGAUGUUCCCGUAACUGAUGCUGGCAUCUCCAUGGAAUCAUCACAGUUCUCAAGUGAAGUCCUUGUAACGCAGCAAAAGAUAGAGAUGAAGAAGGAGCUGGUGAGGCUGGAGAAGAUGAUGGCUCUGGUGUCAGAGGUUCUUCAGGAGAAAGAGGACAGUCCCACCAGAGGAAUCUCUCUGGAAACCCAUCACAGCGCUAAAACUAUGGAUGCUGACGGAGCCCUUCUGUGCGACCAGGAUCCAGGCCAAGGUUCAGAUGGAAAAGAUGCAGGACGAAAACCAAAUGCAGAUCCACGCGACGACAAAGUUGUGACUGACGGCACUUCGAUAUGUCAUGAUGGCAUUACAGAUAUGGCCGUGGAGCUCUGCAGAAAUACAGGACUGGCUGCAACAAGCGCUGGAGCCCCUAAGACACCUGAUACCACGUCAGUAGCCAAAACACCAAAGAAGUGCACUUCCCCUUCAAGCGAGCAAGAAGACAAAGAAAACAACAGUCCUCCGGUUGACAUUCCUAAAGUUAAGCUCGUGCUUGUGUCGUCUGGACUCGGUCCCAACGAACAGAUGAUGGUGAAAAAGUUUGCCAAGAGAGUUGGUGGCCGUGUGGUUUCCCGUGUGACACCGGAGGUGACUCACAUCAUAAUGCGCACCGAUGAGCAGCUGGUUUGUGAGCGCACACUGAAAUACUUCCUUGGAAUAGCAGGCCGGAAGUGGGUGCUGAGUCUCCAGUGGAUUUCUGAGUGCUUCAAACAAAAGAAACUCUUAAAUGAGAGUCCAUUUGAAGUGAAGGGUGAUGUGGUCAAUGGGUCCAACCACCAGGGCCCCUCAAGAGCUCGUACCACUGAAGACAGUAAUCUGCUCAUGAGAGGCUACAAAAUCUGCUUCCAUGGACCGUUCACGGACAUGACUACAGAUGAAAUGGAGUGGAUGGUGGAGCUCUGUGGAGCAGCUGUUAUUAAAGAUCCACUUCUCCUCGACAGCAAACAGAAAUCCCGUCAGCUCAUCAUCGUGCAGCCUCAGUCAGAGUCGUCGUCUUCCACAUACAGAAGUCUUUCCAGAAAAGCCACAGUCGUGACCCGUGGUUGGCUGUUAGACACAGUUGCAACCUACACUCUGAAAAACCUCAACAAUUACACAUGGAGUGAACAUGAGGAACCAUCUACCCACGCUCCUUUCCAGUCAUGACUCAUCUUAUCAUCCCUUUGUCUUUUUAAAUGUUGGAUUCUCUAACUUGAUCCUGUGUAAUAUGUGUGCUUGAUGUAAUGUAUAUAAAGUUAAAUCAACAGAAAAUGCCCGAAUCAAGUUGUUUUUCUGUUCUGCUGUAAACAUGUUAGUAUAAAGACGUAUCAGUCAAAUGCAAACUACAAUAACUGUGCAGUAAAUAUGAAAGUUUCUUCUCCACUGCUCCACCACUGUCACAACUGCAAGUGCUGUUUUCCCUCAUGGCAGUAGGUUUUCCCAACAUGGAUCUUCUAGUUGUGACAUGUUCUGCUCAGGGUUUUCGUUAAUUAUUAAUCAGCCUUUGUGUGGGAACAAAAUAAGACGAAGAAAUUUACAAGAAUGGUUGUAUCAAACAUCAACCUUCAAACAUA